GGACGAGAACUCAAAGAACAGGGGGAGCUCUGUGGGAGCCGACGCGACGUCGUUCGCAGCGGAGAGGUGGGACCGAAGACAGGAAAAAUAAGUGCUAGUAGCAGCGAGGAAGUCAUUCACCCCACAGCACCGGAGUCACCGAUUCCUUUACUGGAAACCAUUUUUAGAAGGCAGCAGGUUUCCGUUCGUCUCUGCUACUGUCUGCGGAACUAGUGGCAUCCGCAACAGACGAAUCCACCAAACACAUACAAUAAAACAUGGCUGCCUUCCUAUGCAGUGCUCUGCCUCGCUGUCUCACUGGUUCUGUUGCAUCAGUUUUGCCGUCGGUGACCCCCACCCCUCCGCCAAAAUCCGGCUGUUAGAUUUGACCUCGAGGUUGAUUAGGAGAAGCCACCAUGUCUUAAGUGCAGACGGGCCCUCCGGAGCCCUGUCCCCCUACCCUGGAACGCCUUCCCCCUCCCCCGUCCACCACCUCACCCCUUCCCCAAGCCCCAUCCCGCUCCCGGACCUCCCUGCACAUGCAAGGGAAAGGCUACCCAGCCCCGGCUCCCCGCUGGCACACCCCUCCCCUCCCCCCCCAGAGAUGAGCCUGCAGAAGCACCGGCCGCUGGGAGGCGAGGUGACUGGCUCCGAUCGGGACCUGCAGUCCACUGCGUCUUCCAUCUCCCUGCCCUCUGUGAAGAAGGCCCCGAAGAAGAGGCGCCUGUCCCUGGCCUCUUUCUUCAGGCGGAGAGGUCGUGAGUCCAAAUCGGCGCGCCCAAGGUCCAGAGAGCUCCAGCUCCCUGGACCUUUGGGGCUGGUAGGGGUGGACGGCAUUGCCAUCAUCGAGAGCAUCCACUCUGAGAUGUGUAACGACAAGAACUCUGCCUUCUUCUCCGUGGCUGGGAACGGCGCUGCCUCUGCUGCUGCUGUCGUCUCCACCUCAUCUGCCUCUGGGCCUUCCUCCUCCUCCUCCUCCAGGCUGGGGGUCGUGGCGGUGGGAGAGCUGCUAGAGUGCCCGCUGUGCCUUCUGCGCCACUCCAGGGAGAGCUUCCCAGACAUCAUGACCUGUCACCACCGCUCCUGCAUCGACUGUCUGCGGCAGUACCUGCGCAUUGAGAUCUCUGAGUCGCGCGUCAACAUCAGCUGCCCCGAGUGCUCUGAGCGCUACAACCCGCACGACAUCCGCAUGAUCCUGGGCGAACGGGCGCUCAUGGACAAGUACGAGGAGUUCAUGCUUAGGAGGUGGCUGGUUGCCGACCCUGACUGCCGCUGGUGCCCCGCGCCGGAUUGUGGGUACGCAGUGAUUGCUUUCGGCUGCGCCAGCUGUCCCAAGCUCAUGUGCGGCAGGGAGGGCUGCGACACAGAGUUCUGUUACCACUGCAAGCAGCUGUGGCAUCCCAACCAGACGUGUGACGCGGCGCGACAGCAGAGAGCGCAGAGCCUCCGGCUGAGGACGGUCCGCUCGUCCUCCCUCAGCUACAGCCAGGAGAGCAGCGCCGCAGCCGACGACAUCAAGCCGUGUCCGCGCUGUGCCGCUUACAUCAUCAAGAUGAACGACGGCAGCUGUAACCACAUGACCUGCGCAGUCUGCGGCUGUGAGUUCUGCUGGCUCUGCAUGAAGGAGAUCUCGGACCUGCACUACCUAAGUCCGUCAGGCUGUACUUUCUGGGGGAAAAAGCCGUGGAGCAGGAAGAAGAAGAUACUUUGGCAGCUGGGAACGCUUGUGGGAGCCCCCGUCGGCAUCGCGCUCAUCGCGGGCAUUGCCAUCCCCGCCAUGAUCAUUGGCAUCCCGGUGUAUGUGGGGAGGAAGAUUCACAACCGCUACGAAGGCAAAGAUAUCUCCAACCACAAGAGGAACCUGGUGAUCGCCGGUGGAGUCACCCUCUCCGUCAUUGUGUCUCCAGUGGUGGCUGCAGUCACUGUCGGUGUCGGCGUUCCCAUCAUGCUAGCUUACGUCUACGGCGUGGUGCCCAUCUCGCUGUGCCGUAGUGGAGGCUGCGGCGUCUCGGCUGGGAAUGGAAAAGGCGUCCGCAUAGAAUUUGACGACGAGAACAACAUGAAUGUCGGCAGCGGGGCGGCUGCCACCGAUACCACGUCGGUGGCCGACGCCAGGAACAACCCCAGCAUCUGUGAAGGCAGCGUCGGGGGGCUGACGGGCAGCCUGAGUGCCAGCGGCAGCCACAUGGACCGCCUGGGGGCCAUCAGGGACAACCUGAGCGAGACUGCCUCCACCACGGCCCUGGCGGGGGCCAGCAUCACUGGCAGCCUGUCGGGCAGCGCCAUGGUCAACUACUUAAACAGGCUGGAGGUGCAGGCCGAUGUGCAGAAGGAGCGCUGCAGUCUGAGCGGCGAGUCUGGCACCGUCAGCCUGGGCACAAUUAGCGACAACGCUAGCACCAAAGCAAUGGCUGGAUCCAUUCUCAACGCCUACAUGCCCCUCGACAGGGAUGGUAACAGUAUGGAAGUCCAGGUUGACAUUGAAUCCAAACCCGGUAAACUGCGCCACCACAGCGGCAGCAGCAGCAUGGACGACGGUGCCCACGCCGCCCGCUGUGGUUGGACCUGCCCCUCCGCCGGCUGCACUUCCACCUCGGAAGGCAAGGGACUCGCCGCCAAGUGGGCCAAAGAGGCGUCCUGCUCCUCCUCCUGCAGCUCCGGGGGCAAAAAAAGCAUAGGCAAGUUGCGCAAGAAAGGCGCCGCCGGUGGCACCAAGAUUAACGAGACGCGCGAGGACAUGGACGCCCAGCUGCUGGAGCAGCGCAGCACCAACUCCUCUGAGUUCGACUCCCCGUCACUGAGCGGCAGCCUGCCGUCUGUGGCCGACUCCCACUCCAGCCACUUCUCCGAGUUCAGCUGCUCCGACUUGGAGAGUAUGAAGACGUCGUGCAGCCACGGCUCGGGGGGGGGCGACUACCACACUCGCUUUGCCACCGUCAGCCCGCUGCCCGAGGUGGAGAACGACCGCCUGGAGAGCUGCCCCGCCUCGUCGUCCUCCUCGCAGGGACACGCCGGUGUCGUCGGGCCCUACUCCCCCACCACCUCCUCCCUGUGCCAGGGGGCGGAGCUCUCCCCUCUCUGUGUCAUCACAGCAGAGAAUGUCAACCUGGUGUGUCCUGCUGAGCUGGACUCUCACAGCAACACCAGAGAGCUGCAAAAAGAAAACGACAACCACCAAGCACAACGCCUGCCCCAGACCCAGCAGCAGCCCAAGAACUGCUGCAUACAGACAGACAUCUGAGAUUUCAACGCCUCAAGUGCUGCACAUGUUUCCUCCGCUGAAGUAAGCUUGCAGCCCAGUUCCACCUGCGUUCUAUUUUGUGCCCUGAAUAAAACACAUCUGUGUACUAAUCGAAGUGUCUAAGAAGCAUUAAGGUCGUGAACGCUGGUGUUCUUCUCCCGGUGCCGCCCAACGCUCAUUAUUAUUUUUCUUUCGUUCGCUCACUUGUCACAUGUAAUGGAUAGAGCCCUCUGAUUGGCUCGUUGUCCUGUCCUUGGGUAUGGGUGUUCAGACAAAACCACUGUGCCGUUUUUUUUGCUAAUAUCUGAUCUUUUAUUUGGGCUCUCCGACGCGGAUGCAACACCAUGUGGGAAUCUUAAUGUUCCAGCUUCACUUUUUCCUUUUUUAUUUCUCCCCUCCAAUAUAUUAGUAACAGAGGACCCUUUGUAUUCUUAUCUGUAUUUAUGAUUAGACGCCCCCCUCCCGCCCCAGAUGUUCCUUUUGAAAUGAAGCUCCAAGGUAUAAUUGUAAGGCCUGGGCUCGUCAUUUCAGCGCUGAAACCAGUUUACCCCCCGUGGCGGAUGUUGCCCCAAACGCUAAGAGGAUUCCGAGAACCUGGUCUUCGUCAGGUUUCUGUGGAAAGUGUGUGCUGAUGUGUUAAGGGGCAGGGCGUGAUUUUGAGAAAGUGGUCUCUGGAAGGCCACGAUUUUCAAAGAUAAUGCUGAGUCAUUACAGUAAGAAAUUAACCAAUGGGUUGGUUCAAUUCUGUGAAAUUGUAUAAAAGAAAAGAUUUGUCCUGUUCAAAGGUGAUUUAUUGGGGCUGAUGGCCUUGCCGAGCUAGAAGGCUCUGAUAUCUUCGUUAACUCAUGGUGCCUUCUACAAGCUGUUUGUGUUCUCUGCGUUUGUCUCUCUCUCUCUCUCCGCUGUGUCUUCAAGACUCAUAAUAGGUUGCAAAAUGUCUCGUCUGUGUAGGAGGGACACACACACAUACACACACCAUUCAUACUGUGGUAGACAUGGUAAAUGAAGACUUUUCAAUUGCCUACCAAAGACAGCACUCAGGCUCUUGUUAGAUUUUAUACCGUGGACACAGUACAGCGUGUCCUUUGGUCCACCGCGGACAAGACUAGACCCAGAACUCGACAGACAUAUGGGCCGCUGUUUUUCUACACGCUACGCAACGUACAGGUGCCUCGGCACCGGUUAACCUGUAUUUCUUCUAACAUCGACCUUCCGCAAUCCACGCGGGUUACCAUGGCUACGUGGGUUUCCCCUCCUUGUUGAUUUGGCCAGUCGGUGCUGCUGCUGAGCAGACGUGUCCUCUAAGCCUGUGAAAGCACCCUGAAGGGUAUUUCGUCUCUUACCGAAUGAGCACCGACAAUGGUUCCUCCCCUAUAUUAAAAGCAAAAUGACAUUUUUUUCCUUCCCCCUCAUUGGGUUUGGUUUUUCGGGCCUUCGCCAGAACUGGUGUUUCUUGAUCCUAAUUUGAACACCAGUCCCAGAUGUAAUUCAUGCAGAAUGGGGAAAGGUAUUUGUAUAUUUGUUGGGUAAUUUGCUUUAGUAUAUGCAUAUCAGAAAAAUAAAAAAUCUAUAUGAAA